AUGUACGAAGUGAUUCGCAGCCGCCAUCCGAGGAAGGAGGAGGCAACCCUUCGGAAGAAGGUACGAAGCGAAGACCACUUGGAGACAUACGGGAAGUUGAAAGAAGGGAUAAGGAUGAAGAGUUACUUGGACGGCCCCAUGGACUACGCAAAAAAACUGAAGUUGCAAUUUCGAGUAGGCGAUCUGGACUUGCCAGAACGGAGGAAGAGGUACAGCAGCCGUAGGAGAGAGGAAGAGGAGGAUAGACAGACAUGUCCAUUUGGCAAAUCGGAGAAGAGUAGACCCCACAUAGUUGGGGAGGGUGAACUGUACAGGAAGGAAAGAGAGGAUCUCGAGGAGGACAUGAGACAGAUAGGGUGUGACAUGGACAAGUUUGGUAAAUUAGACAACAGCGAAAAAACGAUCGCCGUAAUUGGGGAUAGAUGGUGGGCACAAAAGGCCGUAGAGGACUGGGAUAAGAUGUGCAAGAAGUUUUUAUGUAGUUUGUGGCAGGAACGUAAAGAGCUCCCAAAUGUUGGUGGUGUCUCU